AUGAGCACUGAUCAUUCUGUACUGAAGGGUUCAGCCCUGGUUAAUGGAGCAGAGCUGGCCACAGCCACUGGAGGAGCGGAGGGGUCCUGCUCUCGCUGUACUCUUCCAUUUGGUGUUGUUUUCCUGAUCAUUGGCGUUGCAGUCACAGCGGUAGCUUACAGCUUCAACACCCACGGAUCAACCAUCUCCAUUCUGGGACUUCUGCUCCUCAUCAGCGGACUGUUGCUUCUGGGAUUCAGUGCCGUAUGCAGAAGAUGUAGAAAGAGAAGAAAAAUGGACAAAGCGUGGGAGAGUCAGACUGACCUGGUGGAAAGUUUGAGGAAUAGUUUUGAUUAA